ACCUCUGUAGUCUGCGCGGCUUAGAAAAGAUUCUACAAAGGAGGAAAAAAAACCUUUCGAGGGCUUAUUUUGUUAAAAAAAAUCAUCAUUAUUAUUUUUGUUUAGUCAUUUGUUUGUACAGGACGCCUAGAGAAAACGUGGAACUUGACUCCAGCGCAGCUUCUCAAUUGAAAGGGACUUGUACCCCCUCAAUAGCUGUUGUCCCGUGUUUGGGCAAAACAGGUGGACUACUACUGUUCACACGCAGAGACGCGCACACUCAGCCAGACCUCAGGGGAAGGUUCAAAACCAGCCAGAGGUCCCAAGAGGCAGACGAAGGUCACGGAUCUCAAGUUUGUUGGGAAAAGAAGAAAAUUUACCUUCCUGUUCUGGGGGGGGGGUCUUCCCUGUUUCCUCCUUAGUCUAGUUUUUCAUUGCAUGUAAAGAGGCGUCUGUUGGUCUCUCUCUGCACGUGCUCAUCUCGCCUUUUUUCCCUGCUGGCGGAGAGGGGGACCCCGAACGUUCGAAUGCAUUUGUCACUAGAUACCAUGAGCAUGGUGGACGACAGCUGCCUCUCGCCGGGAAACUUCCACGAGAUGGUGAAGGCAGGGGGGGCCUCGGCGGGGGGCCGCGUGCACAGCAUCGACGUCAUCCUGGGCUUCAGCAAGGACCAGGACCCCCUGCUCAACCCUACAGGGGCCCCUGGAGCCCAGAAGGCUGGCGUAGAGAGUCUGGGGGACCCGGGAAAGCCAGAUGCAUCUCACCCCUAUGGGCACCUGCCCCCUCUGAGAGAUGGCCCCGACCAGGCCAGUUUUCAUGACUCCAGCCUCUUCUCCAACAAGUGCGAGGGGGAGCUGAGCGAGCUGCACAAGACCAUGGAGCGAGACGGCCCGUCCCCCGAGCCCCUGGAGGAGGAGCAGCAGCCCAAGAAGAAGCACCGGCGCAAUCGCACCACCUUCACCACCUACCAGCUGCACGAGCUGGAGCGCGCCUUCGAAAAGUCCCACUACCCGGACGUGUACAGCCGCGAGGAGCUGGCCAUGAAGGUCAACCUGCCUGAAGUCCGCGUGCAAGUGUGGUUCCAGAACCGGAGAGCCAAGUGGCGACGUCAGGAGAAGAUGGACGCCAGCACCAUGAAGCUGCACGACUCGCCCAUGUUGUCCUUCAACCGGCCCCCCAUGCCCAGCAAUGUGGGGCCGAUGGCCAACUCCCUCCCCCUGGACCCCUGGCUCACGUCUCCCCUCUCCAGUGCCACGCCUGUGCACAGCAUCCCGGGGUUCAUGGGCCCCACGCAGGGCCUGCAGCCCGGGUACCCCAGCCACAGCUUCCUCAACACCCCCCCUCCCAUGGGCCAGGGCAUGCAGCCCAUGGCACCCCCACCCUACCAGUGCCCCGCCACCUUCACUGACAAAUACCCCCUGGAGGAUGUGGACCAGAGGAGCUCCAGUAUCGCCUCCUUAAGGAUGAAAGCCAAGGAGCACAUUCAGUCUAUGGACAAAACAUGGCAACCCAUCUGACGAACUGGAGAAAGUCUCCUCCAGGGAAGAAGCACAGGAGACAAAAAAGACAACUCUUGAAUUUUUCUUUUCUACAGUGUCAACAGUUAUUUUGUGAAGCUCGGUGACGAAGUACACGGGCUCCUCCCGACACAAAAUCGGUGAAGAAAUGCUGGCUUUUUUUUCAGGGUCCCUACACCUCACCUCCACGCACUCUCUGUCUGUGGCUCAGCCUGCGAGCGAAGGAGCUUGGCACCCCGAUUUGUUCGUGAUGAUGAUUGUUGGCGAAGUUGUCCUUGGUACCACGUCAGCCCCAUAGGACAUCUGCGCUACACAAUUGACAGCCUGAAAGGUAAGGGAUUUGAACUGUGCAAACACUCAAGAGGAGGUGCCUGUUAAUUCUGGGAGAGAACUGGACUUUGCUCAUGAAAAGGGUUGCUUUAGAUUAAAGGCUUUUCACCUUACUGCUCUCAUACUACAUGGCCUGGGAGCUACGCAAACCUGCUUCUGCAAACUAAAUGCAUUUUUCUGAUGCAACACGGCUCUCGCAGAUGAUCUCAGCAGCAAUCUGGAAAUGGGGAUAUUCUAUCCUGGUCAUGAUAUGGGACUGGUUGAUGUCAGUUAGCCUUGUUUAAAUGCAUCGCCAUUUGAAAAAAAAUGUCCAAAGAUUGAUGGGGUCUCAUGUUCAUAAAAAGGGCAUGGUGAGGGGUGUGUGUCAUAUAUGAUUAGAUAACUAUUACAGGCAGACAAGAAGUUAAUUUUU